AUGGGGCUUGACGAACGGCUGAUGAAGACAUAUUAUAGAACUUUGUUUCCCUUGGACCUGAUUUUCAAGUGUCUCCGGAUCGACGAGAACCGGGAGAUUUCUUUUGGGCUAGGGUCUGGAGGAUAUAUUCGCUUUCUUACAUUCAAGACUGCUGAAGAAUUUAGGAAGAAGCUACUAGGAAUUGUCCCUGAGAGAAUCGAUGUUGGAGCCAUCUAUAAGGAUCGGCCUGUAAAGCAUAAUGUUCCAAAAGUUGCUGGGAAGGAACUAGUUUUCGAUGUAGAUCUGACGGACUACCCUAGGGAGUGCUGUACUGAAAAGCUCGUAUGCAACAAGUGUCUGGUGCUGAUAAAGGUGGCUGUUAGGAUUCUUGAUUAUUCUUUGAGAAAAGAGUUUGGCUUCAAGAACGUAGGCUUUGUCUUUUCGGGAAGACGUGGAAUGCAUUGUUGGGUGUUUGAUGAGGCAGCACUAGAGCUCAACGAUAUUGAGAGAGGGGAGAUAGUAAGAUACUAUGACACAGUGGUUAAGAAGAAAGUAUACUCUAAGGAAUAUGAAGAGAUCUUGCGAGAAUAUUCUUUUUUUCUUGGAGACGAGACGUUUAAGGAGUCGGAGUUAUUUGAGAAGAUGUACAUAAGAAUCGAUAAAGAGGUAACACAGAAGAGUAAGCAUCUGAUAAAGAUGCCAUUUUCGGUACAUCCUUCCACAGAGAUCAUCUCUGUCCCCAUUGAUCCAUCCUCUUUGGAUUCUGUCAAACUAGAGGAUUUCCCGAGGUUGGGAGAUGUUUUAGAAUCGCCUGAGCGUCUUCAGCCGUAUCUCGGUAUUGCCGAGAAAUGGAGGGGCUUGUCUUGA